GAUCAGCAUCACAGGAAGGAUUUUCUUUUUCUCUUCGAGCAGCAACCAAGAACAAACCAACACGACAAGAUGGCAAAGAUCGUUAUUGGAAUCAUUGCAGUUGUUGCACUUUUCAUGCUGGCUGAAUCCCUGGACUGUAACAAAUGCAGUUAUAGUCUGUUGGGCUACUGCCUCAGCAGCAGCACAAAGACUUGCACAACCAACACCAGCGUCUGCUACACCGGAAGAGCCACCUUCACUGCACUGACCUCUGUGGGCUUCAACACCCAGGGGUGUCAAGAGCCCCGCGGCUGCAACGCCACCACCAAUGGUACCUUGGCCGGUGUCAACUACUUAGUCAAAGUCGACUGUUGCUCAGCAGACAAGUGCAACCCCAUCAAGACCAGCGGCGCCCCAUCCACCAAGAUGACCUUCACCGCCGUCAUUGGUGUCGCCGCCAUGGCCUCCAUGCUGGGAAGCAUCCUGUAACAUGAUUUUAAAAAAUCACAAAAACAGCCGCUCCUAAAAUGCAUUUGAUAUAGAUGUUUUAGUACAAAAUUACACCAUUCUGGGUUUUCACAUGACCCAAAGCAAUAUCUUUGGAUAUGAGUGAUUGAUUAUCUUUAUGCUCAUAUGCCUAGAGACUCUUUAUUUUUCAUAACUCAGGUCUUGUCAUGUCAGGGAGUUUAGUUUUGAUGACAAGUUAUAUAACAUCUCAAACUAAGGUGUCCAGAUCAUGGAAGUUGAUCAAUGGGAUGUUUCAGGGGAACAUUGAGAUUGUAAAUCUUCUACGCUGUUAUAUUUCUUUCUUUUUAAAUCAUUUUUUAUUUAUCCUUUUAACUAAUCUGUGUCUUACUGGACAAGUAAGAUGUGAAAAUAAAGAAUUGUUGAAGAAAAUC